AUCUUGAGACUUCUGACAUCACUAGCAAAAAAAAAAUACAUAACCUAAAAAUGGCCGUAUUUUUUAAAUUUUGACCAUAACAUAAAGAAAAACUCAAUAGAAAUGAGUAUUUUUAUAAGAAACUACAAGCCAGGAGGUAUUCACAGCGCUAGAAUAUGGCGUUUCGCUUCAACCACCGCGGAGUCGACGAAACACGGCGAGGAAGAGGAGGAAUUUCGCGUUCUGGAUAUUUUGAAGAAAAGAGAUAAAUUUCAAAGGAAAACCGCCCGCAAGGCUGAGAUACCGCCUGAUAGGACAGAGAAAAUGCGUACAGACCAGAAAUGGGGCAACGUUUGGCCAGGACCACGAUCGUUUCACCCUUCAACCGUACCACUACCACUCAGACAGGGCUACGUACCAAAGGGCCAAGCCCCACCCGGCAAGAAGGCCAAUGCGGAGCUUAUGAAAGUACCCAACUUCCUACAUCUAACUCCACCGGUCAUAAAAAUGCAAUGCGAAGCAAUAAAGAAGUACUGUACCGAAUGGCCCAAACUUCUCAACUCAGAGGAGGCUAUAGAAAAGCAUUAUCCGUUAGAAAUCAUAACGUCAGACUAUUGUCAUGCAAGUCCCGUGAUAAGAAACCCUUUGUCACGAAUUGUUAUAUUGAGAAUCAAGCUGGCUGAUUUGAAACUUGAUAAGCAUGCUCGUGACAAAUUCCUGAGAUUGGUUGAUGACAGGUAUAACAAAGAAACAGAUCUAGUCACGAUAACAGCUGAACGUUGUCCAGUCAGACAACAGAAUUUGGAUUACGUUAACUAUCUGUUAACUGCUUGUUAUCACGAAUCAUGGAGCGUAGAAGAUUGGGAAGGGGACAAAACUUUAACGGACAUGGAAUAUUACGACUUCGACUUAAACCAGUCAAAAAAGAACCUCGUUAACUGGCAUUUUAGAUGUAAUAACGAAGAAAAAUCUUUGAGCAACGAAGAGUAUCAAUCGUUUGAUGUGUCAACGAUACCAAAUGCAACGGAAUACAAGAAUGCUGUAUCCUCUUUGUUCAAUGAUGGUGAAAGUGAAGCCACGUUGAAGAAUUAUGAUGAAAAAGUUAGGAAGUUGUUAGGGUUGCCCAAUAAGAAAACUGUAACAUAACUAUAUUUAUAAGUGGAAAUUAUAUUAUGCAUUUUAGUUUGUA